UGCAACAACGCAACCACAGAUCACAGAGGUUAACUGUGAAUGCAACAUGCAACGUAAACUGACAUAUAUGACAGGAACAAGGACAGUGAAAGUGAAUAUUCCGACUCCGUCUCAGAGACUACCAGACUCAUGGACGGUCAUGUCGCCACCAGCAGCAGUACCACAACCCCUUUGGAGGUACGUCAUGAAGUUCCCAAAAAGAGGCACAGAGGAACCCAGUCAGAUAAUGAAGGCGCCGCUAGUAAUGUAGGGCAGGAUAGAGCUGCAGUAGUCGAGCACCCAAGUGAAGAAGAAGAGGAACUUAAGUAUGGGGCAACACAUGUCAUAAAAUUAUUUGCUCCUGUGUCCCUAUGUAUGGUCGUUGUAGUAGCAACAAUGAGGGCUGUCAACUUUUACUCUGUAAAGGACGUGUACUUUGUAUAUACUCCAUUCCAUGAAGAAAGUCCCGAAACAAGCACAAAAGUUUGGAAUGCAAUAGCAAAUGCAUUAAUUUUAAUGACCGUUAUUGUGAUAAUGACAAUACUCUUAAUUGUAUUAUACAAAUAUCGAUGUUACAAGGUCAUACAUGGAUGGCUCAUACUAUCAUCAACAAUGUUACUAUCAAUUUUCAGCUACUUAUAUUUAGAGGAAAUUCUAAGGGCAUAUAAUAUACCAAUGGACUAUCCUACUGCAAUGUUCUUAAUGUGGAACUUUGGUGUAAUGGGAAUGAUUUGUAUACACUGGCAGGGGCCACUUAUCUUACAGCAAGCUUACUUAAUAUUUGUAGCUGCACUGAUGGCAUUAGUAUUCAUUAAGUACCUACCAGAAUGGACAACUUGGGUUGUAUUGGCGGUCAUAUCUAUCUGGGAUUUAAUCGCUGUCCUAACGCCUAAAGGACCACUUAGAAUUCUAGUUGAGACUGCUCAAGAGCGGAACGAACAGAUCUUUCCCGCACUUAUUUAUUCAUCUACUUACAUGUACGCUUACACCGCAAUGGCAACUCCUGAAAAUGAAAGAACGUCCCGAUCAAAUAGUACGGAUCAUGGUUUUACACAGGAAUGGGUAGACGGUCAUGCAAAUGCAAUAAACCAGCGGCAAUUGGAAGUGCAUGAAGCACCAAGUGGUCAAGUGCGCACUCAAAUUCAUGACCAACAGCCGAUUCAUCACGAAGAAGAAGAAAGAGGGGUAAAAUUGGGCUUAGGAGAUUUUAUAUUUUACAGUGUGUUGGUAGGAAAGGCCUCGUCUUAUGGAGACUGGAAUACAACACUGGCAUGCUUUGUCGCUAUUCUGAUUGGUUUAUGUUUAACACUAUUGUUACUUGCAAUCUUCAAAAAGGCCCUUCCAGCACUACCAAUUUCGAUAACGUUUGGUCUAAUAUUUUAUUUUGCAACCAAAGAAAUUGUCAGCCCGUUUGCAGAUAGUCUUGCAAUGGAACAAGUGUUCAUUUAGACUUAUGUCUAAACAUUUAUAUGAUACAUUUAUUUCGAUUGAAAUGAUUUUUUUUAUAAUUUAAUUUUUAUUAUAGCAAUUUAAUAAGCAUAAAAUAACAAAUGUGAUUCAAUAUAAUAAUAAAUCGAUCAUAUCUA